CAAACAGUGGUUUCACAUCAGAACAAUUAACUGCAGAACACUUGCUAACCAAAGAAGAAAAGUUGAACUUGAUCUGAGGUUUAAUGAAGAGAUAAAGGAUGGAUAUCAUUGUGAUUUCAUUGCUCACAGUUUUGCCUUGCCUGUGUAAUGCAUGGCCUGCAGACAAUCUUGCUCUUGGAGCCAACGCUGUUCAGUCCUCCACUUACAAUGAAUUAGCAGAUGCUGAUCAUGCUGUAGAUGGUAACAGAGAAUCAGAUUACAUGAUGGGCUCAUGCACUCACACCGGAAUAGAAGAUAAUCCCUGGUGGAGAGUGGACCUUAAAAGUAUCUACUGUAUUAACAAAGUUAUCAUCACUAAUCGUAGAGACUGUUGUGAAGAGAGGAUUAUAGGUGCUCAGAUUCGCAUUGGCAACAGUCUGGCUAACAAUGGCAACAACAAUGAGCUGGCUGCAACUGUUCUCACUGCUCCUCGGCACACACAAAGAUUGGAGUUUAAGCCUAUUUAUGGGCGAUAUGUCAACAUUGUUCUACCUGGAACACAAAAAAUCCUCACUCUGUGUGAGGUUGAGGUGUAUGCAGAUAACAUUGCUUUUGGUGCCAAGGCUGUCCAGUCCUCCACUUACAAUGAAUUAGCAGAUGCUGAUCAUGCUGUAGAUGGUAACAGAGAAUCAAAUUACAUGAUGGGCUCAUGCACUCACACCGGAAUAGAAAAUAAUCCCUGGUGGAGAGUGGACCUCAAAAGAAUCUACAGUAUUAACAAAGUUAUCAUCACUAAUCGUAGAGACUGUUGUGAAGAGAGGAUAAUAGGUGCUCAGAUCCGAAUUGGCAACAGUCUGAAUAACAAUGGCAACAACAAUGAGCUGUAAGGAAUGUAGUUAUUUGUUAUAUAAUUUUCUCCUAUUUAAACAUUUUGGGUUUGUGUAUUUAAAAAAACAUUAUAACAUUUCAAUAGAGACAGAGCGCAGUGCGUCAUAACCUGAAAACCACGCCCACCGGGGGGAAAACAAUCCAUCUGUCUCCAUUGACUGUAUUGCAUGAGGCUACCUCCUUGUCAUUUCUGGCUUAUACCAAAAACAGAAUAAUGCCUAAAAGCUGCUGUGUGACAAAAUGUACAGCUAACAAGCCAAAAAAAAAACAGAAAUAAGUUUUUAUAAGCUGUCGACCCCCAAAAAACGAGGAUUUAAAAUUACAUUAAUUUAAUAGGAUAAUGCAGUUGUUUUGCAAAAUGCAUUAAUGACACAAUUAGAAGUCAUUAAACAAAACGUAAAUAAACAAAACAU